AUGCGCAUCUCAACUAUCAGACAACGCAAAGACGGUUUUCUACGCCGCAGGUCAAAGCCAUCUGCUGUUCCCAUGCGACCAGGUGCCGCUCCCUCGAUCAAGCCAAAUUUCUCCGAGACCUCAGAACAUGAUACGAUGACUGUCGACUGCAAAGCUGGUCUGGCACAAAUCAGUAUUAUCAAUGGCCUGAUCAGCAGAACAUUGAGCUACGAUUGCUCACUGUCUGGUCAGAGGACCAACUCCGUAAUUUUCGACUUGGCAGACUUCGAUCAGACUGUGCCGCUUCACGUGGAUGUUCUUGGAUGCAACGGACGUAUUGCAAGAAGUCAGAACGCCUGGGGGACGAAACGUCGGGAUGUCAUUCGCAUUGACAACUCGGACAUCAUUCUACGCAAACAGUCUGCCAUUGGUGUCAGCGCGCUGUCAAAGGUUGACUACGAAGAUACCGAUGCGGAGGUUGAGGGACAUCAAUGGACAGUUCUGCUCAACGAGAAGGGUCCCAACGGCAAGCUAAGCCGGGCCAACACCAUCGACCUUCGUGUUGGUUGCGUCCUCGAUGGCGCAGUCGUAUACUAUGAAGACGGCCACAAAACGCCUUGUGGUCUCCGCUACACUGAGACCGGCUCUACACACUACUUCGGCGGCCACCAGUCACAAAAGAUCCAUCUUCCUAAAGAUGUCGACAUUGUCAAGGUAGAGGUGAACAGAUCUGGAUAUGGCUGUAAGGUGCUUAGUGGCAUAGUCAUGACCCUUUCGAACGGUAUCAGAAAGGGAGCACUCAAUGAUAGCGAGUUCACUGGAAGCAUCCCUGUGAGCAACAAAUUACAAGUCUUGGAGCCUGGGGUGGGAGAGAAGAUUGUGGGGUUCUAUGGCACAAGCUCGCAUUAUACGGAGGAGUUUGGUAUCAUCACUGGGCCCAAGGAUGAGGACCUGCCGCCACAAACUUAUGAUAUGCCUCAGUUGCAGAAUAUUCAAGAGAGGGGCAGUUUCGCGAGAAGAGUUUGA